AUGAGUACCAAAACAAAUGGUGUUAUACAUAAUAAUAAUUAUGCUUCGAUUCCGGAUUUAAUAGCUAAAAAACGUGACGGUCAUGAACUGAACCCUGAUGAAAUUGAACAGUUCAUAUCUGGACUAACAAAUGGUGAUGUUCAAGAUUGUCACGUGGGUGCUAUGCUUAUGGCUAUUUUUAUUCGAGGCAUGAGCGAAAAAGAAAUAUGUUCAAUGACGAUGAGUAUGCGCGAUAGUGGUGAGCGUUUAAAAUGGCCAAACUAUCGAGGUUCAGUUGUUGAUAAACAUUCAACGGGCGGUAUCGGCGAUAAAAUAAGUAUACCGUUAGCACCGGCACUUGCUGCAUGUCAAUUUAAAGUACCGAUGAUGGCCGGCCGAGGUUUAGGCAUCACUGGUGGCACAUUAGAUAAACUCGAAUCUAUACCGGGUUAUAAAACACAAUUAAGCGAUGAGCAAAUUGUCGAGUUAAUAUCAACAGUUGGCUGUGGAAUAUUUUCUCAAUCGCUUAAACUCAAUCCAGCUGAUCGAUAUUUAUAUGCGAUACGUGAUGUAACAGCAACGGUACCACAUAAUGCAUUGAUUGUAUCGUCGAUAUUAUCGAAGAAAUCCAUUGAAGAUCUUGAUGCACUUGUACUUGAUGUUAAAUACGGAGUAUCAGCAUUUAUGAAAACAGCUGAACAAGCAGAAAGCUUAGCUGAAUGGUUGCAUAAAGUAUCGGAAAUGCUCGGCAUGAGAACAUGUUGUUAUAUAACGGAAAUGAAUAAUCCUAUUGGAUUUUGUAUUGGUAAUGCAAUUGAAAUUGAAGAAUCAUUAGAUCUUAUGAAAUAUAAAGUGGGCCAUUCAAAAGAUUUAGAAGAAUUAGUUUGUGAACAAGUUCAAACGAUUGAAGAAGGCCGAGAAAUGAUUCGUGAAACAUUUAAAAAUGGUACAGCGUUAGAAAAAUUUCAUGAUAUGAUUAUUGGUCAAGGUGCAUCGAAAACAAUCGCUGACCAAUUGCUUAGUAAUGAUGAAACAGUUGUUGGUGCAAUUUUAAAACUUGCUCCUAUUCAACAUAAAGCAUUAGCACCACAAUCCGGCUUUAUUCAAUCUAUGGAUUCAUUCAAACUGGGCACCAUUGUUCAGCGUCUUGGCGGUGGUCGAUUGAAAUCAACGGAUAAAAUUGAUUUUUCCGUUGGUAUUCGUCUAUUGAAACAUAUUGGCGAUGAAAUUAAAGAAAAUGAAGCAUGGGCUAUAUUAUAUACCAAUGACGAUGCAUCAACUCGUUAUUCAUUAUUUUUAGAUGAAUUGCAUACGGCAAUUUGUAUUAGUUCAACACCAGUUGCUCCAUUACAACGUAUUCAUAAAAUAUUAUUAUAA